GAUCAGGCGGUUGUUCCUCAUCGAGCAGAUUCCACUUGCACAGUCGCUGUCUUUUUCUCUCCUGACAUCAAGUAUAUCUUCAAAUAUGAAGCAGCCUUCUGACUAGAUAUUCUACUUUGAAAGGCCAACAAUAAGAAAGUACACCAACCUUCUUUAAAGGACAAAAUGGUGCGCAAUGUGGAUGAUCUGGAGUUUUGCCUUCCUUCCCAUUCUCAGAGUAUACUUGAGGGGCUUUGUUCCUUGCGCUCAAACCCAAAGUUUUCGGAUGUCACUCUGAGUGUAUCUGGCCGGGAGUUUCACUGCCAUCGCAGUGUGCUUGCACUCUGUAGCCUUUAUUUCAACAGUAUGUUCUCAGGAGACUUUGUGGAGAGCAUUUCUGCUCGAGUAGAACUGCACGAUGUGGAUGCAGAGGUCCUGGACACAUUGAUAGAUUUUGCAUAUACUGGCAAGCUAACCAUCAACCAGGACAAUGUCGAGAGACUGAUACGCACUUCAAGUCAGCUUCAGUUUGUUACAGCUCGUACUGUCUGCAGUCGAUAUCUUCAACACCAGAUUGAUGCCUCCAACUGUCUUGGAAUUCUACAGUUUGCAGAGACCCAUGGGUGCCCGGAGAUUGUCGCUAAAGCACGUAGCUUCCUAUUGGAGAAUUUUGGGGCAGUGGCUCAGGGUGAGGAAUUCCUACUGUUAGACAAAGAGAAACUCACAUCUCUCCUCAGGGACAAGAGGCUCCAAAUACGGGAGGAACAAGUGAGAGUCGAAGCAGCUCUUCGAUGGGUGAGAUACCAAGAGUCACUGCGCUCUCGUUACCUUCCUGAGCUCUUGGGACUGGCACACCUCUCCCUCCUGUCAGAGGACUACAUCACCACUACUCUGCUAAAUGACAAACUUGUCCAGGAUUCAACCAACUGUGCGGAAACUGUAAGAAGGACUGCAAUGGAAGAAAGGCCUAUGAUGAAGACAGGAAGCAGUCAGCAAGAGGUACUUGUAGUGAUUGGGGGGCGUUCUCUCGAUGAUGAAGAGGAAGAGGAGGAAGAAGAAGGAGGAGGAGGCGGAAAUGAUCCAAGAGCAACUACAAAAAACUGUGCAUUUUACAACCCACGAACAAGAGAGUGGUAUCAGAUUCCUGAUUUUCCAGACUACAAUAAAUGGGGAUUCUCAGUUGUCUCCCUAAACAACAGUAUCUAUGUUACAGGUGGCUCCAGAGGUUCAAGGAACAAUACCUGGUCUACUGCCCAGACAUGGAAGUACGAUUGCCAGGAGGGAAAAUGGGUGACUGUUGCUUCAAUGCUGAGACCAAGAACCAAUCAUGUCACGGCUGUUCUGAAUGGAGAGAUAUACGCAAUUGGAGGCACUACACUGGAUUAUGUGGAAGUUGAGCACUAUGACCCUUAUAGUGAUACCUGGUCAUUGACUGACCCGACUAUAAAGUAUGUCAGUAAUUUCACAGCCACUGGAUGUAUGGGGAAGCUGUACGUGAUUGGAUCAUGCGCUGUUAAGUAUAAUGCCCUGACUCUACAAUGCUACAAUCCCGUCAUAGACAGCUGGAGUAUUAUAACAUCUCCCUUCAUCCCCAAAUAUCUCUCUGCUCCUUGCUCUGUCUCCUUGGAUGGGGUGAUCUACUUGAUUGGAGACAAUACCAAGAAGGUCUACAUGUAUGAUCCUGAUGCUAACAUGUGGCAAAAGGUGCAGAUGCUUCACACACUCCACGAGAAUGGGGAACUUGUGGUUUUGGGCAGCAGGCUCUAUGUCACCGGUGGCCACUGGAAAGGAAUGGAUGGGGAGUACCGUGUCGAAAUGGAGGUGUAUGAUAUUGCUCGCAAUGCCUGGCAUGUGGAGAGUGCCCUUCCACGUCUCUGGAUGUAUAGUGGCUCCUGUUCAGUGUUUAUUGACAUUAAUAAAUGGGAAGAACCUUUCCCUGUGGAUAGUUCCUGAUGAUCGCAUCGAAGUGGUAUUACUCCUUGAUAAAUCUGGGACACCUAACAACUGUCAGCUGUUUUCUUCAGUCCUAUUGUGAGCAAGGAAUAUACCGGUACUAAAGAUAUUUGAAAUAGUAUUGCUUAUUUAUUUAUAUAUAAAGGUAUAUUUUAUACCUUUUUAUUAUGAA